AUAAUACAUAAUACUCAAAUUUUUCUACUAAAAGUAUUUUAUAUACAUUAGCAUAGACUUGUUUUUAAGCGAUUCGAAUUGGAUUUUUUUGUGGCUAAAUCUGCAAUUUUCAGUCUUUAUUCAAAAAGCGCGCCUUCCGGCCGCCCGACGACACCAGAAAUCGACAGAAGUAUCGAUCUAUCGAUAGAAGCUACAGGACAGCGAACGGACAAGUUGGCAUCCUUGUCGCUGUUUGUUGUUUUUGCCGCUGCCGCCGCUGUUGUUGUCGUUUUGAAUGAAUAUCAAUAUCAGUCACAAAAUCUAAACAAUUUAGAUCUAGUCCCCGAGUCGAAAACUGUCUACAAAUUCUCGGUUUAUUUAUACAAUUCAACAAAAUUCGUUGUGCGCAUGCAAAAAGAAAUCAAAAAUAACAAGUUAUUUAAAUUACCUGUAACUUCAGUAUGGCUCAAAUGACCGAGAAGAGGACGACGUCGGCCCGAUCGGGGACAGCUGCCAAGGAGAACCACAGCUUGACGGGGCGAAAUCUUCGCCAUCAGCAAAAUGGACAGCAGCGCAAUGGCGGCGGCAAGGGCAUCGAGAUUCUGGACUUUCACGAAUCCUGGCUGGAAGAGGUUGAGCUCUACAAGGACAAGAUGGUCAUGGCCAAGAAACUGGCCCAUCACAACCACGUACCCACCGCUGGCCAUCCCUUCAGUCCGCACCUCUCGGCACCAAACCGAAAUCAAAGCCGGAUUUCCACCGGCACUCCGCCGCAUCGUAGCGCCGCCGGUGGAGGAUCACAUUUGGCCACUUCCGCUGGCUCUGCCGCUGCUGCUGCCGCGGCCGCCGCUGCAGCCAAUGCCACAGCCCGAUCCCCGCCCUCAGCCGCCCAAAAGCCCAGAUCACCGCCAUCGCCGCGUAAACGCCUUACGCCGGAGAAAGUAGUCAGAAGUAGCGUCUCAUAUGCCGGAGAUUCAUCGAAGGUCACGCCGACAUCGCAGCGCAUCGGCAUUCGGGGAAUCCCGUCUCCAGCCACCAGUACCAGUCCAAAGAACACGUCCGCAGCCGGCACACCCAACAGUAUACUCCAAUCGGAGUCGUACAAAAAAGUCCAGAUGCUAUUGAAGCGCGCCCGAGACGAUGCCUGCGUCAAGGGAUCAACCAUCAAUGGACGUACCAAGCGAUCCAGCCUAAGUCCACAUGCCCUGUCCAAGACGGCACCGUCGAGCGUAUCCUGCUCAAGCACGCAAACGUUAAAGGCAUCACCGCCCAGCAAGAUUGUGGUUAACACCUUCCAUGGAAGCAGCAUUCUAAAUACCCAGCAGGAGGAGAAGAGCAAGCUGCUCACGCAAAAUGGACUGACCAAGUCGGCGGCCACCGCCCUAGAGACGAGCCUGUAUGCCUCGUUGUACACCCAACCGCCUCACAUUCAGCAGGUCCAUCAUCACUUGGCCAAUCAGCGAAUUCCGGGAGGCGAGCAUAGCGCUACAUAUGUGGGAGUGUCCUUGAACAAAGGAGCAAUCCAUGAUCAUCAUGAUCGGAAGCACGAAGACGAUCCAUGUGCAGCUAUCGAUGACAUUAACAACUACGAUGACUCCGACUCGGAGGAGGAGUAUGUGGGCACGCCAUUCUUCCUUGAGGAGGAUAGCACAGAGUCCCACCAGAGCCGGCAUACACGUCUACUGCCAGCGAAAACACAUUCGAAGGAAUCGGUGGCCACCACGGAUUCGGAGGCAUCCGUUUAUUUCCGUCCGGAAACGAUCCUCUCGCCCAGUCUGUUCCCGAACGUUCCGCCCUACCUCAACUUCACCUCGCACGCCGACAAGGGUCCCCCCAUGCCGGCAGCUUUGCAUCGAGUUCUUAAAUGGAAGCUAAGUCCCGUCAUGCCAAAGAUAGUUAAGCGAGUAGUUCUGAACUCAGGCUUUCGUAUCAUUAAGAAUACCACCGACUGGAUGGCCGUGUGGGAGAAGCACAUGAAGAGCCCUGGAUUUAGGACUAUUAGGUCGCACCAAAAGUACAACCACAUACCCGGAUCGUUCCGUAUUGGACGCAAGGACACCAUGUGGCGUAGCAUCUACAAUAACAUGAAGAAAUUCGGCAAGAAAGAGUUUGGUUUUAUGCAAAGAUCCUAUAUAAUGCCUGAUGACCUGGAGAAUCUGAGACAGGUUUGGCCUAAGAACGCUUCCAAGCUCACCAAGUGGAUUGUUAAGCCGCCUGCCAGUGCCCGAGGAACUGGCAUUCGGAUAGUGAACAAGUGGAGCCAGUUUCCGAAGGAUCGCCCGCUGGUGGUGCAAAAAUACAUUGAGCGACCCUUGCUGAUCAACGAUAACAAGUUCGAUAUGCGGCUCUACGUAGUGUUGACCUCCAUCAACCCGCUGCGCAUCUACAUGUUCAAGGAUGGACUGGCGAGAUUCGCGUCCGUGAAGUACAGCUCGGAGCUGAGCAACUUAGACGAGCGCUGCAUGCACCUGACCAACUACAGCAUCAACAAAUUCUCGCAGAAUUAUGCCAAGAACGAGGACUUUAAUGCCUGCCAAGGUCACAAGUGGACCUUGCAAUCCCUCUGGUCCUGCCUGGAGAAUCGUGGCGUGAAUACCAAACGCCUGUGGGCCACGCUGCGGAAUCUGGUUAUCAAGGGAAUCGUGAGCGGAGAGUCAGGACUGAAUCGCAUGUACCGCCAGAAUGUAAACUUUCGCUACAACUGCUUCGAACUGUUCGGCUUCGAUGUGCUGCUGGACGAGAAUCUGGUCCCGUGGUUGUUGGAGAUCAAUAUAUCGCCCUCGCUGCACUCCGAACUGCCGCUAGAUCUUCAUGUAAAGGGUCCCCUCAUUCAGGCUGUGCUUAACACGGCUCUGUAUCAGGUGCCGCCGAAGCUAAAUGAACACCAACAGAACGAGAUUCUACAGGAGUUAAAUCUGAGCGGGCCGCUGUGCCAUGACAAGCGCAUCUUCACCACCUGCCUGACGGCGGAGGAGGUACGCAAACACAAUCAGUAUACCAAUCGCAGCAUCGAGUUCCGGGAGGAGUAUGUGGAUACCAUACUGGACAACCUGCUGCCGGACGAUGUGCGGUGUCUGAUUGUGGCCGAGGACGAGCUGGCCCGGUGCCAGCCUCUGGAGCGAAUCUUCCCCACCGCUGACACACAUAUAUACCUGAGGUACAUCGAGAACGCGCGCUACUACAACCGCCUGCUGGACGCCUGGGAAACAAAGUACGCCAAGAAGAGGGAUGUGGGCAUUGCCCUGCUGUCGCGCUUCUGCCGGGACAAGUACCAUCUGCAGGUGUCCGAUGCGGCAAUGGAGAAGGAACCAAAUGUUGCACUAACCGAGAUCGAUAUGCUGCAUGUGCGAAAGGAUGAGGUCCUGGAUGGUAGCCCCACGCUGGCCAUGCUCAAGCCCACCCAAGUGGAUAGCUGCGAUACGGCGGCGGCGCCCAGUGCGAACACCAGCAUCGAAACUAGGGCGUGAAGCUACCCAGACCAAGACUGACAGCAUCCGCAUGCACUCGGACUAUUCAAGCAGCAAAUUUAGAUUAUCGCCACUGGUAUUUCCAUUUCCCUUUUCCCAUCCGGCAGGAAACUACGCCUCCGCCUCCUCCCUUUCGAAGAUUCACCCCAAAGUUGUCUUUACCAAAUAAAUUUACUAAAAUCCGA